AUGGCCGCGCGACCUCAAAACAUCGGCAUCAAGGCCAUUGAGAUAUACUUUCCAAGUCAGUGCGUCGACCAAGCCGACCUCGAGAAGUUCGAUGGCGUCUCAACUGGCAAGUACACGAUUGGACUCGGGCAGACGAGAAUGUCUUUCUGCGACGAUAGGGAAGACAUUUAUUCCAUUGCCCUUACCACUCUGACGAGCCUGAUCUCGAAGUACUCCAUCGAUCUGAAGAAUGUUGGGAGGCUGGAAGUGGGCACAGAAACCAUGCUGGACAAGAGCAAAAGUGUCAAAUCAGUGUUGAUGCAGCUAUUUCAAGAGUCGGGCAACUUCAAUGUCGAGGGUGUCGACUCUUACAAUGCUUGCUACGGUGGGACAAAUGCGGUCUUCAACUCUCUAAACUGGAUCGAAUCAUCAGCGUGGGACGGAAGAGAUGCUGUCGUGGUCGCUGGGGACAUUGCCCUUUACAAGAAAGGAAAUGCUCGUCCCACCGGUGGCGCUGGCUGCGUGGCCAUGUUGAUCGGUCCUGAUGCACCCAUUGCUUUCGAAGCUGGUCUCCGAGGCUCCUACAUCACGCAUGCCUACGAUUUCUAUAAGCCCGAUCUCACCAGCGAAUAUCCUUACGUUGACGGACAGUUUUCUUUGAAAUGCUACACCGAAGCUGUGGAUGCGUGCUACAGGGCCUACAAUGCUCGAGAGAGAGCACUCAAGUCGCAGACGAACGGCGUCAACGGACAUGCGCACGUAAAUGGCAAUGGCGUGCACAAGGAAGAGGACGAGAAGGCUCCUAUGGAUCGAUUUGAUUACAUGGCCUUCCACGCACCGACCUGCAAGCUUGUCUCUAAAUCGUACGCUCGGCUACUGUACAAUGACUUCCUCGAGGAUCCCAGCCACCCUCAGUUCAAGGAGGUUGCGCCCGAGCUGCGAGAUCUGGACUAUCAGGCAUCUCUGACGGACAAGACUGUGGAGAAGACGUUCAUGGCUUUGACGAAGAAGCGUUUUGCCGACCGAGUGCAGCCUGCCAUUCAAGUCGCCACCAUGUGUGGCAACAUGUACUGUGGCAGCGUCUACGGCGGUCUCGUCGGGUUGAUUAGCAACAUCCCCCCUAAGACGCUCCAAGGCAAGAGGGUUGGGGUCUUCAGCUACGGCAGCGGUCUGGCCAGCUCGAUGUUCAGCCUCAAGGUCGUGGGUGACACGACAGAAAUGGUUGCCAAGCUCAAUCUUCAGGAACGAUUAGACGCCCGACGGGUCGUUGCACCAGAGGUGUAUGACGAGAUGUGCAUGCUUCGAGAGAAGGCACAUCUCAAGAAAGAUUUCGAGCCGCAGGGUGAUGUCACUCAUCUUGUGCCGGGAACAUACUACCUGACUGAGGUCGACGAGAUGUUCCGACGAAAGUAUGAGGUCAAGGCAUGA